AUCCCGUACUCUGGUCAGCGCCUGUUCAGUCAAUCGAGCCUCCGCUUCGUGCCGCCGCAUAUAACAUCUCAUGCAAAGCUUGACCAACCAUAUCCUACAGCCAACUUCAUCGACAACAAGUUUGUCGUCUCCGAGGCGGACGAAUGGAUUGAUCUUCAUGAUCCUGCCACCAACUAUCUCCUGACUCGUGUGCCCCAGAGUACCGACAGCGAGCUUCGAGCUGCCGUUGCCAGUGCGGAAGCAGCUUUCCCACAAUGGAAAGCCACGAGCAUCCUGAGACGUCAGCAAAUCUUGUUCGACUUCACUGCACUGAUCAGGAAGAACUGGGACAGGCUUGCAGCCAGCAUCACGUUGGAGCAAGGCAAGACGUUCCAGGAUGCCAGAGGUGACGUGCUUAGAGGUCUUCAGGUCGCUGAAACAGCUUGCGGUAUCACGACUCAGAUGACUGGCGAAGUGCUCCCUGUUGCUAAAUAUAUGGAGACUCGGAGUUAUAGGGAGCCCCUAGGUGUCGUAGCCGCAAUCUGCCCGUUCAACUUUCCCGCAAUGAUACCCUUGUGGUCUAUCCCAAUAGCAACCGUGACCGGAAAUUGCUUACUCCUCAAACCGUCGGAACGAGACCCCGGAGCGGCACUGAUACUUGCCGAACUCGUGAAGGAAGCAGGAUUCCCCGAAGGCGUUGUCAAUAUCAUCCACGGAAGCAGACGUGCAGUCAACUUUAUCCUUGACGAACCAGCUGUCAAGGCUGUCAGUUUUGUUGGUGGUACAGCAGCCGGAGAAUACAUCUAUGCUCGUGCUUCGGCGAACGGCAAGCGUUGCCAGGCAAACCUUGGUGCUAAGAACCACGCUGUCCUCAUGCCAGACUCGAACAAGAACCAAGCUUUGAACGCGAUAUCUGGGGCUGCUUUUGGAGCAGCAGGUCAGAGAUGCAUGGCACUAAGUACUCUGGUCACCGUCGGAGACACCAAGACCUGGCUACCCGAAUUGAUUGAGCGCGCUAGAAACUUGAACGUGAACGGUGGUUUCGAGCAAGAAGCUGAUCUUGGACCAGUCGUGAGUCCAGAAAGCAAAGCUCGAAUCGAGAAGCUCAUCGCAAGCGCCGAAGAAGAAGGUGCGACCAUUCUUCUGGACGGCCGGAAUUCAGCACCUAAGGACUAUCCCAACGGCAACUUUGUUGGGCCCACAGUCAUCGCAAAUGUCAAGCCACACAUGAGAUGUUACGAAGAAGAGAUCUUCGGACCUGUCCUAUUAUGUCUCGAGUCUGAGAGCUUGGAUGAUGCAAUUGCGCUUGUCAACAAGAAUGAAUAUGGUAAUGGCGUGGCUGUCUUCACGUCUUCCGGAAGCACCGCUUCUUAUUUCCAGCAGAAUAUCGAAGCUGGUCAAGUCGGCAUCAAUGUUCCGAUUCCUGUGCCUCUUCCCAUGUUCAGUUUCACAGGCAAUAAGAGAAGUGUUGCUGGCGGAGGUGUGAGCACAUUCUAUGGUAAGGCCGGGUUGAACUUCUACACCCAGACCAAGACAGUCACCUCGCUAUGGAGCUCUGCUGUUGCCAACGAGAACAGAGCAAGUGUCAAUAUGCCCACUCACAAUUGA